GCAGUCGGCACGAACGUUAGUUCUCUAGCUAGCUGGUAAUUCGUGCAUGUGUUAAGUUGUUAAGUUAUAUUCCCGUUAACUAGCUAGUUAACGUGUUAGGACAUUUUUAAAAAGCUAACUAGGUUAGCUUGUUAUUUCACCUACGAGUAAUCUAAUUAUAAUAUAAUAACACACAGAAAUACGAGCCUUGGGUCAUUAAUAGAGGUUAGUCGGAUUGAAGCUUUCACCUGCAGUAACAAGGCAAGGGAAUUUAUAACUUCCUCCUAUGCCAUGAAAACCCAAGCCUUUUGCAGAAUGCCCAAAUCAAGGGAAGUGGUGUCAUCCACAUCUGGCAGUGACUCUGACAGUGAGGUGGAGAAGACCAAGGCCAAGAGAAAGAAGGCCAGUGCUCCACCAGAGAAGCCCGAGGCCAAGAAACCGAAGCUGAGUGGAGAGGGCUCUCGACCUGGCGCAGGAGGGUCCUCUAAGGCUGCAGACAGCAAAACGGAGGCUGGCAUGUUCCAGAUUGGGAGAAUGCGAUACGUCAGCGUGAGGGAGUUUAAAGGGAAGUGUCUAGUUGACAUCAGAGAGUACUGGAUGAACCAGGACGGGGAAAUGAAGCCUGGCAAAAAAAGGCAUCUCCUUAAACCCGGAGCAGUGGACCCAGCUGAAGGACCAGAUGUCAGAGAUCGACGACGCGAUCAAGAGAACAUGAUGACCGUUCCCAGGGUGCUGACAGUCCAGCUUGUCUAUCGAGUGAUCUUAAUGUCACCACUGACGUUUCGGCUGAGUCCCACAUGGCACCCUAUCCCCUAUAUAGUGCACUACUUUAGACCAAGGCCCUAUUGAGCACUAUUCCCUAUAUAGUGCACUACUUUAGACCAAGGCCCUAUUGAGCACUAUUCCCUAU